AUCGAGUAAAUUGGAAGGUGCAUGUGGAAGGUGCAAGCUCCCAAUCAAAGUAGGGCGUGGAUGGGGCUCAUGCUUUUAUAUGAAGUGCCAGUAGGUACAAACAAUGCAUCCAUCUUUCACAAUCUCGCUGUAUCUAUAUAACCAGUUCAGGCAAUUGUGCUUAGUUUUUCGAGAUUGAGCUGACAAAAAAUAAGAACAGAAGCUUGGAUUGUUAGGGUUUUCAGGAAAUGGAGAAGUACGAGCUUGUGAAGGACAUUGGGGCUGGGAACUUUGGCGUGGCCAGGCUCAUGAGGAACAAGGAGACGAAGGAGCUCGUGGCUAUGAAGUACAUCGAAAGAGGCCGCAAGAUUGACGAGAAUGUGGCACGGGAGAUCAUAAACCACAGAUCACUAAGACACCCAAACAUUAUUCGGUUCAAGGAGGUGGUACUUACUCCUACUCAUUUGGCUAUCGUAAUGGAGUAUGCUGCUGGUGGAGAGCUGUUUGAGCGAAUCUGCAAUGCUGGAAGGUUCAGUGAAGAUGAGGCUAGAUACUUUUUCCAGCAGCUCAUUUCAGGUGUAAGCUAUUGCCACUCUAUGCAAAUAUGCCAUAGAGAUCUAAAGCUGGAGAAUACCCUCCUGGAUGGUCGUCCUGCACCGCGCCUAAAGAUAUGCGAUUUUGGCUACUCUAAGUCGUCCCUGUUGCACUCAAGGCCAAAAUCAACUGUGGGGACUCCAGCUUAUAUUGCACCGGAGGUGCUAUCCCGGAAGGAGUAUGAUGGCAAGCUGGCAGAUGUAUGGUCAUGUGGAGUCACACUUUAUGUGAUGCUGGUUGGUGCUUACCCCUUCGAAGACCAGUCUGAUCCCAAGAACUUCAGGAAAACUAUUCAACGUAUAAUGUCUGUGCAGUACAAGGUUCCGGACUAUGUCCACAUAUCACAGGAUUGUAGGCAUAUUCUCUCCCGCAUAUUUGUUGCCAAUCCAUCAAGGAGGAUAACAAUCAAGGAGAUCAAGUCCCACCCGUGGUUCUUGAAGAAUUUACCAAGGGAAUUAACUGAAGUGGUUCAAGCAGCCUAUUACAAGAAAGAAAACCCAACCUUCUCUGUUCAAACUGUGGAGGAGAUCAUGAAAAUCGUGGACGAAGCCAAGAGCUCCCCACCAGCUUCAUGCUCCAUUGGUGGCUUUGGCUGGGGAGGAAAGGAAGAAGAAGAAGAAGAGAAAGGAGCAGAUGGCGGCGAUGAGGAUGAAGAAGAUGAGUAUGAAAAGCAAGUGAAGCAAGCACACGAAAGUGGCGAAUUUAACGUGUUGUAAAGAAAAAGACUCCAUUCAUCUUGAAACCAGACUCAUUGUGUAUGUGUAAAUUUGUUUUGAUUUGAGGCAUUUAAAGUUUGUAAAAUUUGUAGAGUUGUGCCAAUAAGGCUUGUGAGUUUAAAAUGUAUUUGACAAAUGGGGAGUGCUUUUACAAUGCCAUGUCUUUGUAAAUUGCAGUCAUUGAGAUCGUAUUGAGAUCUUCUAUUUUG